AAGGUGAUGUAGGGAAUAAUUAAUUGAAGUCCUGGUGGACUUUGUCUGUUAGAGACUUAGAGGGCUUACUUGGGAUCAACCAAGCUUCAACACCCAAAACCACGCGGAUUCUUCCUUCAUUUCCUUAUUUUCUCAGCAAAACGACCACGAUUUCCUCAUAUCUGUUAUCUGUUAUAUAUACCUAUAUCGUAUCCGCAUUUCCGAAAGGAUAUAUCUGAUCUAGUAGGGUUUUGUGACUGCUCAACAACCCAAUCGCCAUGGCGUCGCAGGAGAGUAUCGAAAAGAUGCUGUCACGGCAGAAUUACCGGAAUUUAUGGCACACCGAUCUCUUGAGAUCCAUUCAGGCCGAUACACCUUAUUGUUGCCUCGCGUUGUGGUGUGCGCCAUGUGUGUCUUACCUUCUUCGCAAAAGAGCCCUUUAUGAUGAUAUGUCAAGAUACACAUGUUGUGCUGGCUACAUGCCUUGCAGUGGUAGGUGUGGAGAAAGUAAAUGUCCAGAAUUUUGCCUUUGCACUGAGGUUUUCCUCUGCUUUGGAAAUUCAGUCGCCUCAACCCGCUUUCUAUUGCAAGAUGAAUUUAACAUUCAAACCACGCAAUGUGAUAAUUGCAUUAUUGGUUUCAUGUUUUGCCUUCAACAAAUUGCAUGUAUAUUCUCUAUUGUUGCCAUGAUUGUGGGAAGCAGUGAAAUUCAAGAGGCUUCUCAGCUGCUGUCUUGUUUGGCUGACUUUGUGUACUGCACGGUCUGUGCAUGCAUGCAGACUCAGCACAAGAUUGAGAUGGACAAGCGUGACGGGAAAUUUGGACCCCAACCAGCAAUGGCAGUGCCUCCUGUUCAGCAGAUGUCACGCAUUGAUCAACAAGUUCCUCCUUUUGUUGGGUUUCCACCACAACCAGUUUAUGGACAGCCUGCUCAAGGAUAUCCCCCCGCCGGUUACCACCCCCCUGCUACAUAUCCUCCACCAGAAUAUCCCCCCGCCGGUUACCCCCCCCCUGUUGUAUAUCCUCCACCAGGAUAUUCUGGCCACCCUAAGUGAUUAGUUUAGCAUGCCUUGUGUUGGUUUACAGCACCAAUUGAUUGGUUCAUAGAACAAGGGUACAUGUUUGUGGUGAAAUGCAAUAGUUCGAUUGAUAAAUUAAUUUGCUUUUCCCCUAGCAAGUUUUGUCUUGUGACUUGACCUUAUAACUCCUAUCGGGAUGUCCAUUUUAAUACUUCGACUUCGUAAAAGGAUGCGUAGGGAUAACAAAAGAGGCCGUGUUGCCUUAAUGUGAGUAGUUUGAUCAAUGUAAACGAAAAGUUUGAGUAAUGAAAAUACUAUUACAACAGUGACAGAUUUACCAA